UGCAGUGCCUGCAACUGUCCAACCUAAAGAAAUACUCACCAAUCAAACUAAAUAAUCACCUCUUUCUCAAGGAACCUCCAUAAAUAUUGAAGUGUUUUACAAAACUUAUAUUUAUUAAUUUAAGUUUUUAUCAUCUACAUUUUGGCAUUUGCAAUUUUGUCAUCACCAUUACCAAUUACCAUCAUAAAUAUAUAUACCCACCACCUCUGUUUUUUCUGUUUCUUUGCCAAAGUUCUCGUCUUUUUAUUAAUUUCUUAAUACCCAUUUUCUUCUUUUUUCCUGGGAAAUAAUAAAGAUUCAAUCUUUCCUAUUAUAAAAGUUUUUUGGGUUGUUGGGUAAUUUUAUUAAUUUUCAGUGGUUAUGGAGGAAAAAGUGAAAGAUGAUACCCUGUUUUCAAUGGAAGAUGAGAAUGAUUUAGAAGAUUAUAAUGUUGAUGUUGAUGGGGUUUUUCUUAGUGAUGAUAAUGAAGAGGAUGAUAAUGUUGUUGAUAAUGAGGAUGAUAAUGAAACUUUUACUUCUCAAAAUUGGCCUCAAAGUUUCAGAGAGACGACAGACUCAUAUACGCUUGCUGCAUCCCCCGGCUUCGCACUGCUUGGUCGGACUCCAAGCAUGCUUAGCAUGCAUAGUAAAAGUAGCAUAGAUGUUGAUGGAAACAAAGCCCCUUUGCUUCCGGAGUAUGACAAUAAAUACAAGGAAGAAGAGCAUGAAACGUUGUCUAAAGUUUCAUCAAGAAUAUCUUCUUUGAAAUCUUUGCACGAAGAUUUUGGUGGAGAACUACCAAUUGGUCAAGGAUGCACCUUUACUCAAACUGUAUUCAAUGGGUUAAAUGUUAUGGCUGGAAUCGGGCUUCUAUCUACUCCAUAUAUAAUUAAAGAAGCUGGCUGGCUCAGCCUUGUUUUCUUAUUCCUCUUUGCUAUAGUAUGUUGUUAUACAGCUUCCCUUAUGAGACAUUGCUUUGAAAGUAGACCUGGGAUUACAACUUUUCCGGACAUUGGGGAAGCUGCAUUUGGGAAAUAUGGGCGUCUAUUUCUAUCAAUUACGUUGUAUGUGGAGCUAUACUCGUAUUGUGUGGAGUUCAUUAUUUUGGAGGGCGACAAUCUUUCUCGACUAUUCCCCGGGGCAGCCUUACAUUGGGGUAGUUUUAACCUUGACCCCACGCAUUUGUUUGCAUUGCUAACUGCCCUAAUUGUACUACCAACGGUGUGGUUGAAGGAUCUACGUGUGAUCUCUUACCUUUCAGCUGGUGGUGCUAUUACGACAGUGUUGAUUGUGGUUUGUAUUGUGCUUCUUGGAGUUGUCGAUGACAUUGGUUUUCGCCACUCAGCAAAAGUUGUAAAUUGGAGCGGAAUGCCCUUUGCUAUCGGCGUGUAUGGAUUCUGUUAUUCGGGUCAUUCAGUUUUCCCAAACAUCUAUCAAUCAAUGGCUAACAAGAAACAAUUUACAGCAGCGCUGAUGAUCAGUUUUUCUGUGUGUGUUGUGAUAUAUGGAAGUGUUGCUGUUAUGGGAUAUCUCAUGUUUGGCCAAGGCACAUUGUCCCAGAUCACUCUAAACAUGCCAAAGCAUUCUGUUGCUGCUAAUGUUGCACUCUGGACAACUGUGAUCAACCCUUUUACAAAAUAUGCAUUAUUGUUAAACCCACUAGCUCGAGGCUUAGAAGAGUUGUUACCUCCCCAUAUUGCUAACAGCAACUGGUGUUUCUUCACUUUAAGGACCAGUCUCGUUGUUUCUACACUUUGCGUAGCUUUCCUUGUUCCGUUUUUCAGUCUUCUAAUGGCAUUGAUCGGUUCACUUUUGAGCAUACUUGUGUGUGUGAUGUUUCCAGCAAUAAGCUUCUUAAAAAUUGUGGGCAAGAAGGCAACAAAGAUGCAGGUGAUAAUAAGCUCUACCAUUAUUGUGUUCGGUGUUAUCAGCGCAAUCUUGGGGACUUAUUCUUCAGUGAAAGGCAUAAUCGAUAGUUACUAAUGCGUUGAACUAGCUAGUCGACAGCUAUGCAUUAAUUUACGCAUUCGAAUCAUCGGGUCUUAGUUAUUAAGGGUACUUAGGUUGGAUCGCUCCGAAAGUAGUUCGAUUUUUAUGGGUCAAAGCUAGCGGAUGUAUAUCUUGUACAAGUGUAAGAUGGGCCGAACCAUUAUUUUUGCAUGCAAAUCGAAACAACUCGGUUAUGCUAAAUUUUGGAGGUUCUAAGAUCAUUUAACAAAAAGGAUUUGUAUUUAUAUAUUCAAGACAUGUGGAUAAGGUAAAGGUAAAGAGAACACUCGCAAUAUUUCGCACAACGUAGGGUUCGAGUGAGGUUUUUUUUUCUGAAAGAUUCGGACAAAUUAAAUAUGUUCCCCUCAAUGAGUGAGUAAAGAGAAUGCACGCAAUCAAGAAAUCCUUUGCAGAUACCUGUGCCUAAUAGGGGUUAAACUCAAACCUUCUGCUCAAUAUGUAGAUACUCUAUUCAUUGAGCCACAAGCGCUUUUGGUUUUUACAUAAUAUUUUUUAUUUUUUUAUCUAGUUUUUUAUGUAUUUUAUUUUAUUUAUAUGUUUUUGACUAUUAAGUUUUUUCUGGAGUUCAUCUAUGGAUCUUUCUCGAGUCGAGGGACUUUUUUUCGGCACUUUCUUUUAUGAAUAUGAGUUUUCACCUUCCUUUCCUCUUCAAAUCCUGAUCAUAGUUUCUAUGAGCGGGAUACACUAAAUAUGAUAAUGAUAAUCUUGUCCACAGGUCUUGAAUGUUGA